UUAAAGAGGUGGCCAGUUUAUCAACCGACCAGAGAGACCAUGAGGUACUACCUGUUCACCUCGAGCUCUACGCUCGCCGUUUUCUUCGUGUUCCACACCGCCUUGGUGGCUGGUGCUGGACUAUCAAACAACGUGGUAAAUGUAGGAGUAUACUAUGAAUCACUAUGUCCUGACAGCAUACGAUUCAUCAAGAAUGGAUUGGUACCAACCUACAACGCCCUGGGCAGCAACUUGGAUGUUACGUUGGUUCCUUAUGGAAAAGCUUCGCACAAGUUAAAUGCCGGAGAGUGGCAAUUCAAUUGUCAGCACGGUCCAGAAGAAUGCCAAGGGAACAUGGCCCAAGCUUGUGGUCUGCACGCGAUCCAAAACAAGGAACCAGCUGAAAAAGUUCAGCAGUUGAGUGUGGCUCUUGUCGGUUGUGUAAUGUCAUCAAGACAUCCAGCGUCGUCCGUGCCGCAGUGUGCCGAGAGUGUGGGACUGAACGAGCAGGCAAAGGCCAGCAUCGAGCAGUGCCUUAAUGGCCCAUUGUCCAAAGAGUUGUUGGCUGCAAACGGCGAUAAAACUGAUGCCUUGAACCCUCGUCUCUCUUUCGUUCCAACGAUCACCAUCAACGGAGUUACCUCGCAAGAAAUCCAGAACAAAGCGUUGAGUAACUUCCAGAAAUUAAUUUGUGACACGUUACCAGCUAACUCCAAUUCCAAAUGCGCUUAAGAAUUGAAUCACGAUAUUUUGUUUAGAUGUAAAAUAAAAAUUUCAAGAACACUGCCACGAGUGGAUGUCAAAAGUGUUUCAUAUAACUUGUAAUAUACGAAUUUUGAUAAACAAUAAAAAAAAAUGGACAUUGAGAAUAAAGAGAA